UGAUUCCUUAUCCCUAGUAGCCAAAAUCAUUGCUCUUAAUAUGAAUAGAUUCAAGCUGAUGAAGGAUACCAGCAACUCUUCUUUACUUUAUUAUUUUGUUGUGUCAGAAAGCAAUUUAGGAGAGUAUGAAAACAGGACAUUGGUGCAUGUUUAUAUUGAUAUACACACCUGAUAGUUGUGCGUCUUGAUAACAGAAGGGUUGUCAUUUGGGGUCUAAUAUCUUUCUUGUUUCUUUGUGGAGCCAUGUACCUUGGACUUCUAAUUUUUUUUUUUUCCAGUCUAUACUUCCCUUAUGUUUAUAUUGUUCUGAAUUAUAAUGUUUUGAUUGAUAAAAGUUGCAUGUAUGAUUACUUUUACGCAAUCGUAUAGAUGGGAGAUUCACAAGGGAAUGGUAAAAGAAAAGAUUACAAAACUUGGAAUGCUGAAGAGAGCAAUGUUUUGCUUCAACUUAUGGUUGAAGGCGCCAAACUUGGAUUGCGUGAUAUUAAUGGUGUGAUAAGCAAACAAACAGUAGAGGCGAAGCUACUUCCUAAACUGAAGGAAAAACUUGGUUGUGAAAUAAGUUUUAGUCAUUACCAAAGUAGAGUGAAAUGGUUUAAGAAACAAUACACCAAUUACUCUCAACUUAUGCGUCAUAGUUCUGGAUUUGGGUGGGAUCCGAUCACAAAGAGAUUCACUGCUGAUGAUGAAGUAUGGGCAGAUUAUUUGAAGUCACAUCCAACGCAUGGGCACUUUCGGUCAGAAACUUUUCCAGACUAUGAGGACUUGAAAAUUGCAGUUGGAAAUGGAACUGCAACUGGAAUGGGCUCAAUCAGUUUAGGUGAUGAUACAGAUGCCUCUACAUUUGGAGCGGAAGAAAACGGACCUUGGGGAAUUGAUGGAUUAGUUUUUGAUCGAAAUACUAACAUGUUCAUGCAAAGUGAAAAUGAGUCAUCACACCAAGAAAACUCGCCAUCUCUUUCACAACAACCCUCCCAAGGUACCAAUGUAGAUGCUCCACCACAUAGCAGGACUCAAGGAAAACGGAGUAGGACUGACUAUGAAAAUAAUAGCGGCUCAAAGGGGGCAACUAGUCAGGCUGAGGUUUUAGAAAACUUAUCAAGUGGCAUUGGUAAAAUUGUCACAAGUUUUGAUAAAAUUUGUGGCUUAAUGGAGAAGAGAGAAUCAAGAGAGAGUGAUCUUUUGGAUGCUAUGAACGAGACCCCAGGAUUAACUGAUGAGGCUUGCUUUAUGGCUCUUGAUUUGCUUAAUACUAAAGCAAAGCAAGAUUUCUUCUUGAAGAUGACUCCUGAACAACGACAUAAUUGGAUCACCUAUAAACAAAUGCAAUAGGUGUGGGUCAAUCUCCACUAGCGACACCUAAUAAGCAAUAGGCUAUGUUCUAUUAUUAAUUUUAAGUUAUGGAGUUUGAUUUUAUUUUGUUUGAAUUGCAGCUUGUUUUGAAUGAUUUUAAACUGGUGCUUUCUCUAUUAGCAAUGUCUGAAAUGGACAUGUAUGGAGCUGAUGAAGAGGAAGAGCAGUUUUACGAGGCUGUUAAGAUAUUAUUAAUGGCAAUACAAGCAGUGAUUUAUGUGUUAUACGAACUUGUGUUCAGCAUACGUGGUGAACAUAUUAGACGUCCGCUGACUCGUCGACCAGUGACAUCAAGUGGAUACAUAUAUAUGCACAACAUAUUGGACAGAGACCCUCAAAUCUUUAGAGAUGUGUAUAGAAUGUAUCCUGACGUGUUUCGAAAAUUAUGUAGCAUCCUAAAAGCGAAAACACCUUUACGGGAUACAAGACACAUUUGUGUUGAAGAAAUGCUUGCAACCUUUUUACUAGUUGUCGGCCAAAAUAAUCGAUACAGUGAAGCUCGGCUGAUAUUUGAGCGAUCUCAUUUUGCUGUUAGCAGAAGUUUCAACAAAGUCUUGAAGGCCUUGAAUACAAUAGCACCACAGUUUAUGGCUAAACCUGAAUCCAUACCACCUAACAUAAGAGAAAGUACAAGGUUCUAUCCUUACUUUAAGGAUUGUGUCGGAGCUAUAGAUGGCACGCAUAUUCCUGCAACGGUAGUUGGACGUGAGUUCAUAUAUGUGAUUAGUGGAUGGGAGGGUUCCGCUCAUGAUUCAAAAGUGUUGAAUGAUGCGAUUUCUAGACGAAAUGGACUCAAAGUGCCACCAGGUAAAUAUUACUUAGGGGACUGCGGAUUCCCAAAUCGACGUCGGUUCCUAGCUCCAUUUCGAGGUACUCGAUAUCACCUCAAAGAUUUUGGUGGUGAAGGAAAUCAUCCUGUCAAUGCAAUUGAGUUAUUCAAUCUUCGCCAUGCUUCCUUGAGGAACGUAAUUGAGAGAAUAUUUGGAAUAUUUAAGUCGCGUUUCACAAUCUUCAAAUCAGCACCACCAUUUUUAUAUAAGACACAAGCAGAACUAGUUUUGGCUUGUGCAGGACUGCACAAUUUUCUUCGACAGGAAUGUCGUUCAGAUGAAUUUCCUCCUGAACCAGAAGAAGAUCCGAUAGACAAUCACGAAGAUAAUUUUGAAUGGGAUGAUUUUCAAACCCAAGAUCAGCAAAGAGAGAAUGCUAAUGAAUGGAGAAUGAGUAUUGCUACUCAUAUGUGGACAGAUGCCCAACCAAAUGCCAACAAUGAAAAUAAUGACAAUCAAGAAAGUGAAAAUGAGGGAGAAGAAUAA